CCAAAUCUUCGUUCAUCAUAUCAUGUGGUAUGAAGCCGACAGCAAGCAACCUCUAAGAAUGGUUGAACCUCCCAUCGCCCAACAGGAAAAGACACCACCCCCGCAGCCAACGCCGACGCUAUGAUCUUCCCUUCACUAUCAUCCUUGGUGUUCACGGGCAUCCUCACUACCACCUUGCUGGCCGGUGGAACUGUGAUCGCUUUCGAUGCAGAGACCAAAAGCCUUCAAGUGAUUCAAAACGGCCCCGUCUUGGUUGUCGAAGAUCGUAUCGAGGCUGUCUGCUCGGGACAAUACAAUCGCACCUUUCCCUCCAACCUUGACAUUGUGAAUACCACGGGCGACAUCAUUACCCCCGGAUUCAUCGACACUCACCAUCACAGCUGGCAAACCGCCUACAAGACCAUUGCCUCCAACACCAUUCUGGCCGAGUAUUUUGAUCGGUACGGAGAGUUUGCGGUAACUUGGGAGUACUCGCCCGAAGAUGUCUACAUCAGUCAGUUGGCGGGUCUGCAUGAAACGAUGAACGCCGGAACCACCGAUCCGGGUCUGGCUGCCAGCAUUGACAGUGGUGCUCGGAUGUUCCGGUGCUACACCUUCCACAAUGUGAUGAAUUACACUUUUCCCGAGCAUAUGGACAAGUUCGAGGAAAUCGCCAAUAGCGGCCGCUUCAACGGCACGGCCACCAGCCUUGGGAUCGCCUACGAUGAGUUCAACCCUGGUAGUCUAGCCCAGAUUCAAAAGGUCAUUGAGCUGGCCAGGAAGUAUAAGGUCUCCGUCAUUACCACUCACUCCUUCCAGGGUAUCUGGCGAGCCAGCAAUUCGCCGGAGGAUCUGAAUGCCCCGGGGAUCCUGAGCACCGCCAUUCCUGUGGCCGCCUUGGGGGUUGACGUGCGCUUCACCUACUCGACCGACAUCCUGACGCAGGCACGGCUCUGGCACCAGAGCACCCGCCUCGCCUUCUACCGCUGGGUGCUGCAAAACUGGAAGAUCCCGGCCCACAACCCCAUGUCCGUCGACCAGGCAAUUCUACUGGCCACGCGCAAGGGCGGUCUUGCCCUGCGCCGACCCGACCUCGGCAUCAUCGCCGUGGGAACCAAUGCCGACGUGGUCGCCAGGGAUGGUAGCACCCCCGGUAUGCUCGGCUGGGACGACCCUGUUGCGGCCAUCAUCCUGCAUGCCAAUGUGGGUGACAUCAAGCAUGUGCUCGUCGACGACCGCUUCCUGGCCACAGCGAGCAAGAUCCAGGCGAUUUGGAAAGCCAAGGCCUACCCCGUUUCGGAGGGCGAGUUCCCGGAGUCGGGCUUCGCGUAUAGUCGGGUUCCGCUGUCGAAUACGCAGCGUGGUGAGGGUGAUGAGUAUGGCGAGCAGUUUCUGUGAGAGACUUGGUCGGUUCGUUUUGGGCAUGGUGGAAAUAUCAGUAAGUGUGCUGAAUAGAGUGACUGUAUGAGUACAGGUAGCUUUGGAAGAAGUGCUAUCGGUCUCUCCAUCUUCCGAUCGAAUUUAGACUCGUAGAGAACAAUUAGGGGACUGAAGAAAAAUAAUCGAAAGAAG